AUGUUCGCUUGCCGAUUUCCUCUAGGACGACCCACUCGCGCCCGGGAAGCGGAGGUUGGAGGCUCCUCCGUCCGAUCGGCAUCGAGCGGUGGGCGUGUCUCCUGGGGCGUGUCCAGGCGUGCUUGCUCCUCCACUGCUUCCCUUCUUCCAGAGUUUUCCCUUGCCCCACCUUCCUCUUCCUCCGCUGGCCCGUCUGCUCCUGUUGAAGCUCCGACCGCUCCGCCUGCUGCUCCUGCUCCUGUGCUCCUGGCUCCCGUGAUUGCGCCUGUGGCGUCUGCGCCUGCUGGGUAUGCUGCCGCUCGCUCCGAUCCUGCUCUUAGCGUGGUCGUUGCACGGGCCGCUUCAGUCCCCGACGUGCCUGCGCCGGCAUCUGCUUCUUCACCGAAGGCGGCGUCCGCCACCACUGACGGCCCGGCUCCGAUGGUGGCGCCUCCUGGCGCGGACCCUGUGGCUCCCGCUCUGCUGCCGGUGGCCCGUGUAGUGCCGCCGUCUCGUACCCCAUCGCCGGCCCAUCCUCUAUCCCGCCCCCAUUCUCCCGCACCCCAACAGGAGCGGGAGACGUCGCGGCGCCGGCGCAACUCUCCCCGACGCUAUCAACAGCAGGCCCAGUGGCCUCCUCAUCCUGGCGGCAAUGGGGGCUGGAGGGGCCUCCACGGGCGUGGUGGUGGCGGGAGGUACCGUCCGCCAGUGACAAUGGCGGAUCUCCAGCGGGAGGUGUCGCGGGCCGUGCGCCAGGAAAGGGUGGCGCAGAGUCAGAGCAGUUCGCUGCGGGCUGCGCCGGCGCCUGUGGCUCCUCGUCAGGCUGAGCCUCCUGUGGCCCCUCCGCCGGCUGCUGCAUUUCCUCCUCCUGUCCUCGCCCCGUCGGCUCCAUUUCCUUCUGUCUCGCCGCCUGCUCCUGGCUCCCGUCUGCAUUUGCCACCGGUCCCACCUGUUGCGGGGGUGGAGUUUGUGGCCGCGGGUGGUGGCGCCGCGGCUCAGCAUUCCCACCACGUUGCUGCUGAUGAGCCGCUGUUGUUUCUGACGGAGGCGCUGCAGCCCCCGCAGACGCGUGUUCCAGAGGCGACACUUGGCCAGCUCCACCGUCUCGCAGAGAGCCUCCACGCGUUGCUGCUGAUUCAAGUUCUCGCUCAUUCAUCUCUCCCCGUGAUUCCUCCGGAGACUUUCCGCGGCAGCCAGCGUGACACGUGCUUGGACGCGGCGGACCAGCUCGCUUCGUUGCUGGCGCCCGUGUUGGCUGCGCCCGCGGAGGGUGGCGCUGCUGCUGCGGGACAGCUUGACGAAGCUGUCCGGGGCCUGAGGCGGCACUUGCGCGCGGGAUCUGGAGCCGCGGCGAUUGGCGCAAGCACACUUGUGGUCCGGGAGCUGUGGCGCUCCCUGACGGGCGUUCUCCACGCCCUUGGGGCUCACCGCAUGUAG